AUGUUGUGUGAACAACUCUGCCGAGCACUUAAGGAGGCUUACCUCCCUAACAGCCCGUGGUGGCGCGUACGUAUCUCUAUUGAGAUGUACGAAGGGAUUGACAACCUGAAAUCCCUUUACGACCGUGCCGGGAAGACUUUCUCCAGCGGUCCUUCUGCGGCACAGGAUGUGUCGCGUCGUACUGCUCGACCAGACCCAUUACAUCAACCAUCAGUUGGGAGCGGGGCUCCCAAGAAUCCCAGGACGGGGGAUAGCCGCGCCGCCGGACGAGAUAACUCGUCCGACGUCCGUUCACGUCGCGGUGGUUCAACAGCUGCUCAACUAGAUAGCGCUGGCCACCGCGAGAGUCCUCUAAUGGAGGUGGAGGAGGAGGAAAGACGCUCUCCACACGAUCAUGUGGAUUGGUGUGUUCCCGAGAGCUUCUUUGAUCGCGUAACGCAAGGGUUACGCGACGAUCUCGAGCAUGAGCGGAAUAAGCGUCUCCAAAUGGCGGACACUGCCUCGAAGCAUCGAGCUGAGUUUGCCUUUGCUCAGCUUGAGAACGAGAGAUCUCUGACAUCUCUUCGUGACGAGCUAAGGGUAGCUCGUGGGAUUGUUGAUCGGUCUCGGGAUGAGAUAACUGCUCUUCAGACCCUUGUUGAUGCCCGCCAUCGGGAGCACAAGGCUCUCUGCGAGAUGCUUGAGCGCAAGGGCGCUCUUCAUCGGAAGAAGCAGCGUACUGAUGGUACGGCUUAA